AUGAAACGGACAGCCCAGUGGCGUGGAACCACCACCACCACCACCGCCGCCGCCCUCCAGGUCAGGAACAAGAGUGAAGAACAAUGUCCACCUGAGAAGAGCAGCUGCAGGACCGGGAUGUACUUUCAUAAGAGGACUGUGCAACCAACCUUUACCGUUAAGCAACAAGAAAUGAUGUCUUUUUUGGAUCUUUUUGAAGAUGACCUAAUCCAUGACUUUUUGUUGAUGGACUGUUGCUGUAAAAUCACAGACAAGUAUCUUCUGGCCAUGGUUUUCAUCUACUUCAAAAGGUCUCACUUGACCAUUGAAGAAUACACCAAGAAGAACUUUUUCAUUGCACUGUAUCUAGCCAACAGCAUGGAGGAAGAAGAGGAGGAGAGUAAAUAUGAGAUUUUUCCUUGGGCAUUGGGUAAGACCUGGAGGAAGAAGGUCACGCAAUUCCUCCAAAUGAAGGACAAGUUCUGGGUGCGCAUUGAGUUCAGAGCGGCCGUCAGCAGACGUUGCUGUGAAGAGGUAAUGGCCAUCAUGCCAUCUCACUUUGUGUGGAAACGAGAGCGCUCAGAGGAACACAGUGGCGCUCACAGGCAAACGGACAAAGUCAGUUAUCCCCGAGGGCCUUCAGCUUCUCCACUCCCUUGUAUCCGCUGUAAUCGCAAGAGCACAUUCAGUCAGCGGCUGCAGAUAUCCAGAAGCUUGUCUUUGCCCAGCUGCAAGAAUAAGAUUUCUCAAAGCACUGCGCUGAGUUUGGAGAAAACCCCACCACCACCCAUUGCCACUUGUAGGGAGACCAGUGACCAAAGCCAGCGUUCUUCCAACGACAGCGACUUACCUGCUAGCUAUCCUACUGGAGGCAGUUUGUCCUCCGACUCCUACAUGUACGACUCCUCCAUGGACUGGAUCAAUAAAUAG